AUGUCGUCGAAUGCAAAUACUCAAGCAGGGAUCUCGGCUGCUAGUACUUCCAAUUCCAACCAGAACCAGCCAGCAGCCGCAGCAGCAUCAGGAGCCGCAGAUGCAGCGGGAGGAAACGUGUCGGUCCCGACGACGAAGAUCCGGAUGGCCCGACAAGGUCUCCGCGACGUCGGUGGAAGCCAGUUCACACCGAAGAAGGUGUCCAUCGGCGUUUACCAUCGUGGUCUACAUUCAGAUUCAGAUAAGAAUAAGGAGGGUGUGGCCGACAGGAUGUGUCCUCUCGAUGGUGCAAGGAGAAAUCGGUUACUAGAUGAGCUGACGAAUAAUCAUCUGAGGAGGAGCAACAGGGGCAGGGACUGGUACCCCGAUAUUGCUCAGUCCACGGUGGACAGUUAUUUCUCUUUCUCCGGCAGCAGAAUGCCGCUGCUGGAUGAUGGGUGCUAUGUGCUCCAUUUCCUCGUAGAAUAUGAGGACGAGAGGGGCGUGGUCAUCAAAGACCCUUGGAGAGACGAGAACGAGAACUUGGUGAUGCGCGACAUCGUGUUCCUCCUUGAGAACCAGAUACCUUGGUCCGUCCUCAGGGAGAUGCAUCGUCGCAUCCGGAGGAAUGACUCCCACUCCGACUCCGACUCCGACUCCGACUCCGACCUCGACAAAGAGCUAGCACACCGUGUCCCGGGCCUGUUGGAGAAGCGGCUCUACACCAUCAGGGGAGAGGGGAGGCGGCGGCCCCUUCUUUCGUCGCCCGCCCCCACCCACCUGCUGGACCUCGUGCACCACUACUUCAAGCCAACGGCAGAACAACCUCGGGCGCAGAGGGCCCCAACGGUGCCGGAGGCGACCGCAGCCCCAUCGGCCGCUGCAAUAGCACAAGAGGCGACUGCGGCCCCAUCAGAGGCGGCCACGGCCCCAUCGGCGCCCACAGCGGCCCCAUCAGUAGCCGCAACAGCGCCGCUGGCGACCGAGGCCGUAUCGGCCCCAACAGCGCCGGAGGCAGCCUCGACCCUAUCGACCCCAACAGCUGCCUCAUCGGCCGCCGCAACAACGCCGGAGGUGGACGCGGCCCUAUCGGCCCCAACAACGGCCCCAUCAGAGGCCGCCACAACAACACCGGAGGCAGCCGCGGCCCCAUCGGCCGCCGCAACAGCGUCGGAGGUGGCCGUGGCCCUAUCGCCCCCAACAGCGGCUCCAUCGGCCGCCGCAACAGCGCCGGAGGCGUCCCCGGCCUCAUCAGCCGCAGCAAUAGCACCGGAGGCGGCUGUGGCCCCAUCGCCCCCAACAGCGGUCCCAUCGGUCGCUGCAACAGCACUGGAGGCGGCCGUGACCCCAUCGCCCCCAACAGCGGCCCCAUCAGCCGCCGCAACAGCGUCGGAGGCGACCGUGGCCCCAUCGCCCCCAACAUCGGCCCCAUCGGCCGCCACAACAGCGUCGGAGGCGGCCGUGGCCCCGUCGCCCCCAACAUCGGCCCCAUCGACCACAGCAACAGCUCCGGCAGCCGCCUCGUCAAGGGAACCAGAAGAACAUCGGGUGGACAUCUCCAUGUCCCGGUGGCGCCGGGCGACGGAGUACCGCAGGUACGCCUUCGUGAAGCUCAAGCGUCGUGACUUCAAACAGGGCGUAGUGGAAUCCGUCCUUGACGUGAGCCUUGAUGGACGCACGCUGUGGAUCCCUACCCUGCGGAUCGAUGAACUGACAUGCACCAUCCUACGCAACCUGAUCGCGUUUGAGGAUCGGAUGCGGAUGAGCCAGAGGCCCGUCACGGCCUACUGCCUCUUCAUGUCGCAGCUGGCGUGCAAGGUGGAGGACGUUGAGCUCCUGCAGCGCUUAGACAUCCUCCAGAAUUUCCUCCCCACCGACGAGGAUGUCGUAAAGGGCUUUAGAGACCUCUGCAAGGGGGUGGUCUUCGAGGUCGACGACCCCGAAAUGAACUACCUCAACGGCACGUGGCACAAGCUGCACAAGCGAUGCCAGGCGGCAAACACCUUCUUCGGAUUGAUCCGCGAGAGGCACUGCAGCAACUCUGUGCGCGGCGCCGCGCACUGUGCCGCAAUUUUACUGUUUGUUUUCCAAGCGGUUCAAGUGGCGUUUGCAGUUCUCUCCCAUUUCCAAAAAAGUCAUUAG